CGUGAAAGUGUUGAUUAUGUAUAAAAAGUCAUGAAACUGCAACGAACUGUUUACGCAAUUUUAAAAUAAAAAACUACAAAAAUAAAAUUGAAAAUAUUUAUUUAUUCCGACUGAAAGCAACAAAACAGAAGCAUUUAGUCAAAUGUACGGAAAUGUUUGGUAUAAAUAAGCGAAAACCGAAGCAACGUCCAAGGUAGUUCCCAAUAAACUGACUCCACAGCAAACAUCAACAAAAAUAAUCCCAACGAACCACAGACGCUAAAGAACUUAGUCACAAAAAAUAAAAUAGACCGAGUAAAAAGUAAAAAAAAAAAAAACAGAAAAAAAUACUAAGCAGCUCUCUCGCGUGGUCUAAACAAUUCGUGCCACAAACCUAGCGGCAUACGGCCCAACACACCAACGGCAAAUAUACAAAGCAAAAAAUAUUUCCAUUCAUUGCAUGCUUCCCUGGCUUUUUGCUUUUUAUACCAUCAUUUUUUCCCGUAAUUUGUUCUCUACAAUAACAACACCAACAACAACAACAACGACUACAGCCAUACUAACAAAUAAAAAAAAUUUUAGUUCUGCUGUGCGCUCAUAUAUUUCAACUAUGUUAGCCGAUAAUGAAUUACGUUUGCGAGAUUUUGAAGAAGAGACCGAUGAUACCGACUCUGAGACUGAAUUACUCAUACGCCAUAGUAGUUAUUUACCUCGUCAGCAAGCAGCUCACGCAACAAGAGCACCAUCGUCAAAUCGUCGUUACAGUCGUCUCACGAGCGAACACCAUAACAGCAACAGCAACAGCAACAGCAAUAAUCAUAAUCGGCGCACAACAGCCGCACAAGCAGCUACAACCGCAACAAGCUUUUUCAGUAAUCUUUUUAGCGGCAAAGCGAAUAGACUUGACCGGUCUGUAACCGGACAAGUACGUCUCAGAAAUGAACGUAGUCGUGAGCGUGCAAGAUACAAUAGUAAUACGUCGACGGAAAAAAAGAACGCUAACAUUAAACUGGCGCAAACAGCAAACACGUAUCGGAGUACCGUGGGAUCGGGUGACUAUAUCGGUUCAAUGGAUGGUGAUGUAAUAAGUGCAACGAGCAGUGCUGUUGCCUCCGCGAACAGUGAAAACAGUAAUGUCGGGUUACAAACAAUAAGCGAUCCUGAAAAUGGUGCAACAACAGUGUUCUAUCAAAAAAAUCGACGUCGCAGCAAACAGAGAUCGCUGGGAAAUAUAUGCAAAUUCUGCCUAUGCAGCUGCUGGCGAAAAUGGUUUGCACCACGAGAAUUACGAGCUCGCACUGUUAAUCUGGGACGUGGAUCACCAGAGAAAUUUCCACCGAAUGAAAUACGAAAUCAGAAAUAUAAUUUUUUAACGUUCCUGCCGCUCGUACUAUUCGAGCAGUUUCGUUUUUUUUUAAAUUUAUACUUUUUGCUUAUGGCAUUAUCACAGUUUAUACCGGACAUACGUAUAGGUUAUCCAUAUACGUAUUGGGGACCAUUGAGUUUUGUAUUAAUGGUUACCAUUUGUCGUGAAGCUGUCGAUGAUUUGCGAAGACAUCAACGUGAUCGUGAAGUGAAUUCACAAAAGUACAAGAGGCUAACGUCAUCAGAGUCGCAAAGUUUUGAAUUGGUACCCUCGUCAAAACUAAAAGUAGGUGAUGUUAUUAUUGUAGAGAAGAAUGAACGUGUACCGGCUGAUUUAAUCUUGUUGCGGACUAGUGAUAAAAGUGGUUCAGUAUUUGUACGCACAGAUCAAUUGGAUGGUGAAACUGAUUGGAAACUACGUUUGGCUGUGCCACUUACACAGAAGCUUAAUCGGGACUCAGAUCUAUUUCAUAUUAGUGCUAGUGUUUACAUUGAGAAACCACAAAACGAUAUACACUCCUUCAUCGGAACAUUUUCUAUGCGAAAUGGAAGUGAAGAAACUGGUCUCAACGUCGAGAACACACUUUGGGCUAAUACAGUUGUGGCUGCAGGAACAGCUACUGGCAUUGUUAUAUACACAGGUUGUGAGACUCGUAGUGUUAUGAAUAAUUCCCAACCUAGAUCCAAAGUUGGCCUCCUCGACAUGGAAAUAAAUGGCUUGACUAAGGUACUAUUUUGCGCUGUACUUGGGUUGUCGCUAGUUAUGAUGAUGUUGAAAGGUUUUAAUGGGCCCUGGUAUCGUUAUAUGUUCCGUUUUGUUUUACUCUUCUCCUACAUUAUUCCAAUCAGUUUACGUGUAAAUUUGGAUAUGGGUAAAGCAUUUUAUUCAUGGCAAAUGCAAAAUGACCCGGAAAUACAGGGAACUGUUGUCCGCUCAACAACAAUACCAGAAGAAUUGGGACGCAUUUCAUAUGUGCUUACAGAUAAAACAGGAACGUUAACACAAAAUGAAAUGGUUUUUAAAAAAAUACAUUUGGGCAUUGUUUCUCAUGAUAAUGAUACAUUUCAUGACGUUGGUAAAUUAAUACAAUCCAUCGCACCCACAAUAUUGAAUACAAAUGCCAACAGCGCGUUAACUGAUCAACAAUUGCAAAAUUCAUCAAAGCAGGGCUUUUAUUCGGGAAAUCGCAUGCGAAGGCCGGAAGGAUGGCGUGAAUGGGAAGCAGUUAAAGCACUGGCACUCUGUCAUAAUGUCACACCAAUUACUGAUGAAGAUGAUAACAAAUCCGUGUCGACUGCAUCUACAUUUGCUUCCUCAGCCGGAAGCGUUUCACCAACGAAAUCUGUGAUAACUAUUGAAUCAAAUUCAGCAGAACACCAGUACCAAGCAUCUUCUCCUGAUGAAAUUGCUUUAGUGAAAUGGACUGAGCAAGUUGGUUUAACACUUAUUGCUCGCGACAUUAAUUCGAUGACCCUGCAAUUAAAAUUGAAUAAAAAUAAUGGUUCGGGACAAAAUUUACAGGAUGGUGUCAUUCAGUUCCAAAUCUUGCAAUUAUUUCCCUUUACCAGCGAAAGUAAACGUAUGGGCAUUAUUGUGAGAGAUGUCCAGUCAGGCGAAAUUACUUUUUAUUUAAAAGGCGCUGAUGUAGUCAUGACGUCAAUUGUGCAAUAUAAUGAUUGGCUUAGUGAAGAAUCGGGGAAUAUGGCACGUGAAGGCUUACGUACUUUAGUUGUAGCGAAAAAAAUAUUAACUAACGACCAAUAUAAUGAUUUUGAAACUCGAUACAAUGCAGCAAGACUAAGUGUUACAGAUCGUGUUGCCAAAGUAGCGUCUGUUAUUGAAUCUUUGGAAAGAGAAAUGGAACUGCUGUGUUUGACUGGUGUUGAGGAUCGCUUACAAGAUGGUGUGCGACCGACCUUGGAAUUACUUCGAAAUGCAGGUGUAAGAGUUUGGAUGUUAACUGGAGAUAAAUUAGAGACAGCAUGUUGCAUUGCAAAAUCUUCGCAACUAAUUGGACGUAAUCAAGGUUUACAUGUACUUCGUUCUGUUAAAACACGCACUGAUGCUCAUUUGGAACUCAAUCAAUUUCGCCGUAAACAAGGACAUGCACUUGUAGUUUCUGGUGAAUCUUUGGAAGUUUGUUUACAAUAUUAUCGACCAGAAUUUCUCGAAUUAGCCACAGCUUGCCCUGCAGUUGUGUGCUGUCGUUGUAGUCCCACUCAAAAGGCUCAAGUAGUACAACUCAUACAAAAACAUACCGGCAAGCGUACUUGCGCAGUUGGUGAUGGCGGCAAUGAUGUUAGUAUGAUACAACAAGCUGAUGCUGGUGUUGGUAUUGAAGGACGCGAAGGUCGACAAGCUUCACUGGCUGGUGAUUUCAGUAUACCACAAUUUUCACAUAUUGCCAAACUACUAUUAGUACACGGACGUCGUUCGUAUAAACGUUCAGCAGCAUUGUCACAAUUCGUUAUACAUCGUGGUUUAAUUAUUACUACAUUACAGGCAGUAUUCUCUGCUGUUUUCUAUCUUAGUUCAGUUGCAUUGUAUCAAGGCUUUCUGAUGGUUGGUUACUCUACUUUAUAUACUAUGUUCCCAGUAUUUUCGUUGGUGCUAGAUCAAGAUAUAACAUCAAGUACAGCUGUCACUUAUCCGGAGUUAUACAAAGAUUUGGCCAAAGGACGUAGUUUAAGUUAUAAGACCUUCUUUAUAUGGGUAUUAAUAAGUAUAUAUCAAGGCGGUGUGAUUAUGUAUGGCGCGUUAAUAUUAUUUGAGGAUGAAUUUAUACACAUUGUAGCCAUCAGUUUUUCAGCGUUAAUAUUAACAGAAUUGAUUAUGGUGGCUUUAACAGUGCGUACAUGGCACAGGUUAAUGGUACUGGCAGAAUUAUUCAGUUUAGCGCUGUAUUUAAUAUCGCUGGCGGUUUUACAUGAGUAUUUUGAUUGGGAAUUCAUAUGGUCAGAGGAUUUUCUUUGGAAAGUAUCAAUUAUCACCCUGGUAUCCUGCUUACCAUUAUACAUAAUCAAGUUCUUACGAAAGAAAUGUUCGCCACCUUCUUAUCUGAAACUUUCAUAAAGCAGUUAUAUACAUCAUUUUUUUUUUCACAUUGGUAGUUUAAAUUUAAUUUUUAAA